GAAAGGACACGCCCACAAUCCCUCGUUCAGUGCCGAGCUCUGUGCAUACGUGUCGACGAAAUUUCAAAAUGAAAUUUGUACACAAAUCUGUCACAAUUCGGACCCACUUUAGCCUCAGAUUAACAGAUAUUUAGAUCUCUUUGGAACACUAAAAGUCAUUCACUUGGGGUUUUUGAAUAUGCUGAUUCAGGUCCGUGGUUUGAUAUGUACUUGGAAUCCAGAGCAUCAAAUGUACUCAACUUUAAUCCAUACUUCUCCUACACGUUCGAUGAUUGACCAGAGUAUAAUGAUCAGAUGGCGUACUACAGGAUGACGGGCAAGGUUGGUGCCACGUAUGAGUGCUGUAGCACAGCCGCCUUCUAGCACGGCAGGACGGAAACCCUUCGAUCUGCCACAAAGGAAACCUUCAUGUGCUCCCAGGUAUUCCAGAAGGAUUCCUCAGGAGGAGAAGAGGAGACUACUACAGGAGUGUUCGGAUAAAGAUAACAUCCUCACCAAGGAGGCUGCUAUGGGACAAGGAUGGGAUAGACACCUCUUCACUCUGCGAACGCUCGCUGCAAAGGAAGGCAAGACCCCGGCCUACAGCUUCAUCAACCAUAUCAUCCUCUCCACCAGCACUCUAACUGCACCGGCUAUCCUGAUUGGGGGGUUUGCACCCGUCGUUCCCAACGGUCUCGGGAUCGGUUACAACGCUUCCGACGAUUCCGUGGGAUGCCACGUCACAUCGUAUCCCGAUUCUUUGACCGGGAGCGACUUCGUGUCGUGCGUGGCUGACUGUUGGAGAGACAUUCGUAAUGUCUUGAGUAAAACAAAUAAGCAAUAAAGAUAGUUGUACAUACACGUAGCAGUGCUUCCCAGAAUAAACAAAAUUACUAAUUACAGUUGAGGCCGGAAGUUUACAUACACCCAGGAAAUUCAAAGAAAAGUUGACACUUGCCAAACAUCAUAAGAUUUACUGUAUCUUAUAAAAUAUUUGUGCUAUCAUGACAAAUUUGAUAUCAAACAAAUGAGUAUGUCAUGACCCUUCAUCACAUUGCUUUGUCAUCAGGAGCUGAAAAAUAUUUAGGUGUCAUUUAUCCCCCCAAAAUCUUCAUAUUUUGGACAAAUUACAAAUAAAUUUUUUUUUUUUUUUUUCAUAUUUGUUCGAGUUACUUCUCAACACAAACAUUUCAGAUUACACUUUUUUGUUCAGUGGUGACAUAUCAUGACAGAAAAUGUAAUAUAAAUCAAAGAUUUGACAUUACCGGUAAUAUAUUUCUAUGUUCGAAAAUAUCUUAACAAAUAAAAUAAUACAUUUGGCAUGAAUAUUACUUUUUUUUUCUUCACAGAAAAUUCCAUCUAAGAUAUACUUCAAUCCCAACGGCAUCCCGAUCAUGUGAAAGAUCUUAAUACGCUCUUUCAUUUGAUACCAAGUUCGUCAUGGUAGUAUUCAUAUUUCUGAAGAAAUAGUAAAUUUUACGAUGUUUGGCAAGCGAACAAAUUUCACUGAAUUGCAUGGGUGUAUGUAAACUUUUGGCUUCAACUGUAUAUAUUAUAACUUAUAACAGGUAGAUGUGUUGUGGCUCAGUGGAUAAGUCUCCAGACUUUGAACCACAAGGUCUGGCAGGACGGAAUCCCACCGCAGCACUCGCGUCCUUUAGCAAGGCUUUUAUCUACAUUUGCCACUCUCCACCCAGGUGUAGUAAAUGUGUACCCAGUAGGAAGAAAUUCCUUGAAUGCUUGAGCCAUGCUAAAGCCAGGAAAUAGUAUGCAGCAUUUAUCAAGCUCUGUAUUUAUUAUGCAUGUCAUUAUUAUUUAUUAUUUAUCACAAAAUAUUCUUGUACAGAAGGUGUAGCUUUCAGCGGCCUGUUGGAUUAAAGCAUCAUAACUCCAUCUCGAUGCAAUCUCUAUGGAAAGCCAAGCUUUUCAAAACAAUGAAUGGCUGAAAAGCAGAUGCAUGGACUUUGUACCGGGAAAGCACAAUCUAUUCAUGAACGAUUAUUGUCUAGCUUGGCUUUCCGUAGAGAUUGCUUCAUGCUGGAGUUAUGUCGCUUUCAUGAAACGUGGCCCCAGUGUUGUAUAUUUGAUAUUUCUCAGGAUUUUUUGGCUUGGAUUCUCAGAAGAGUUUUCAAUUGCACCAUGGUACAAAACCAUGAAUUAUGCAGAUUUGUGGAAAUAAUAAUUCUUAUUUCAUUGCGUUCACUAAGAAAAGUCCAAUUAUAAAUGUACACUUCUGCCAAAAGGGUGCCUAAUUUAAGCAUGAUGUUUUAAAGCUGCAUAAACGUUGGUUUUGUACCAUGGUACAAUUGAAGCUUCUAUUGAGAAUAUGGGCCAGUAUCUCUGUUAUUUUAAUGAAAUAUUGUGCAGUGGAUUCAUUAUUCACAGUGCUGCCCUGCAACACCAGUCCCAUCUGUUGUUUUCUGAAUUCUGUGGUUCAUGUUGACCACUGUAUCCAUGGGGAAUGACUGGAUCCAGUAGGGAACGGCUUUACUAGAGUUCUCAUGAUGCAUCAUGGGAAAACUACAAAAGCAGUGCAAGUCUUUGUUGUUUCUCAUCAUUUUUAGUUGAGAGGAUUUUGAUAUAUUUCAUAAUCAGGGUGAAAUUUUGUGUGGAUUCCAGAAAUAUUCCACCUAUUCUAAAAAAUGCUGAAGAUUUGAUAACUGGACAUUUUCUUGCUGUGUUUCCCUGGUUGGAUACAUAUAUGUGUAUGCUCCAACCAACAAGUCAC